AUGGAAUUAAAGCAAAUUCAUUUUUUCAAAUAUAAACAUUUUCAAUCAUUAGAAAAAGAAGGAUAUAUUUUUGAUCUCGCUCGACCAUUAACGACAUUAGUUGGUUCAAAUAGCUCAGGGAAAACAACGCUUCUGGAAAUAUUACGAAUCUUUUUUACCGCUGUUAAGUAUGGAAGCAAAUGUUGUUCAUUAGAAGAUACAGAGUCGCUACUUGGAAUUAACUUCACACGACUAACUCACCGUCUGGAUGAUAUAUGGUUACAAGGUGUUUUUGAUGUUCCCUACAGAAUUGAAACCAAAACUAUGAAAAAUUUAAGUUUAAGAUUAAAUGUGUCGAUAAAAAUUGAGUGCGACAAUACACCAUCCAAUGACAUCGAAGACGAUGAAGAGUCUAAAACACCACGCGUUCAUAUUCGAAUUCUGGUACCGAGUGAAAAUACGACUUUUGAGCCAGUGGAGACAACUGAGGACGAAUGUCCACAAACAACUAAACAUAUUUCUCUUUAUCAAGAUCAUUAUGGCAUACUUGGAAAUUUGUUUCCAACGGCAUUAUUAUUCAAUAGCAAAACUGUAGCGAAUGGUAAUUUUAAAAGCUUGUACGAACAAUACUCAGACAUUGAUGAACAUCAAGAAGAAUUGUCCAAAGAAAUUCAGCAUAUAUUUCCGUUUAUUGAACUUACUAAGACGGAGGAUUCGCACAGUGACCAAGUAGAAAACAAGGAGGAACAAGCUCAAAACGAUCAGAAACAUCAAACAGAAAAUCCUUAUACGCUAAGGGUAAGUGCAUGGCGGAGUGUAUCCAACCCUCCAAAGUACUUAUCGAGCUACUCAUCGGAAAGUUCACUAAAUAAACUUUAUGAGUCAACAACGUUUGGUGAUGUCACUUCUGCUGGUGAGCGUGUAUUACAAUGUUUAUACAUUAUUACCACAAUAUGUUGUAUAAAGCGGAAUACAAUUAUAUUAAUUGAUGAACUAGAUGCUCAUGUAUUUGCCUCUGCGCAGAAGUUAUUAAUCAAUUUCUUUGAUCGUAAACUAGAGAAAUUUCGUGAAUUGAAUUCCUUCUGUCAAAUGGUAAUUAUCACUCAUUCACCAGAGGUUAUGCAAGCGGUUAAAUUGAAAGACAUUCGACAAAUUCAUUUAGAUUCACAAGAACGUAUAAUCAUUGCAACAAAAUCGUUGGAAUGCAGUUCCCAGUUACUCAAUGUAAUGACUGACAUCGGAGCAACUAUCUUCGACCACAGUGAAUUGGUUAAACUGUGUCGCUAUGGAAAACUUUUAUACUUAGAAAAUCAUGAUGAUUACGAGUUCUUACGUGGAAUAAUAAAUCAAGUCAAACCAGAAUUAUUAAAUGUUCCAUUUACACCAAAGGCUAAAGGUGGGCGAACUGCAACGUAUCAGAUUAAAGAAUUAAUAUCUGAACUUCGACAAUUAGUACCGAAGAAACGUACGCUUCAUAUUUCCGUACUUGUUGAUGCAGAUCUUCGAUUGAAAACGUCUAGGAAAAAGAGAAACAAGAUUACGAUGGAUUACAAAAAGAUCAAAGUUUAA